GUGUCAAGGAUGAGUCAAGGGAGUACUGAGAGUGGCCCGGUCUCCGGCAGAUCCGAUGAAUCAACCGGAAGCGUAGGAGGAAGACCACCACUCCGGAGUCAGGAGAAUAGGAUGGCGGGCCGUACCUGCUUUCGUUGCGGGAAGCCCGACCAUUUCGCCAAUGUUUGUGACGAGUACUGGGAUGCCCGGGGUAAGGGUAUCCCCUUUGUACCGCCGCCACCACCGCUGGUGCGUAGCGGUCGCACCAUGGCAAUCGGUGCGGAAAAGCGAAGCCACUCGGCUGACAAUUACGGAUCGAGACGCGAAAUGGACGAGAUGAGCAAUAUGAUGAGGACGUAUUUUUUCGAGAAGGCGAAGGAACGGGAGGAGGCCAAGCAGAGGGCCGUGAGAGAAGAAGCACAACGCAAGGAAGAGGAGGUAAGGAAGGAACAAGAAAAGAAGAGAUUACAGGAGUUGGAGGAAAAGAAAUGCGCUGAAGAUGAACAAGACGCGCGCCUACUUAGAAUGAUACGCGAAGAGAUCCGUCACGAAAGUGGAAAGGAGAACGAAAGUGCUUCUCGAGUGAAACGUGCAGUGGUCAAGCGUAACGAGAGAGGUGAGACGGUCGAGGAAGAAAAAGAGCGGCUAAGACGUGAGAUAGCUCUACGAGAAGAGGCCGAGGAAGACGCGGAGCUAAUCCUGCUGCGACGGAGGGCGGCAGGACUGGAGAUCAAUGAAAAGCGUAAGAGGGGCAAGGAAGUGGCGGUGGGUGAUAGCCCGCCUAUGACUACCCCGACGAAAGGACAACGGACUGUCCUGGGCACGACUUCAAAAUUGAGGAUUGAGGAACUGUGCGAUUUCGGCCAUAUGGCGAGUACGUCUUCUCCAAUCGCUGAACCAGUCGGGAAGAUCGGGGUGUCCAUUAAGCACGUGACUGCGGGAACUGGUCUUGGUGCGCGCGCAAAGUACAAAGAGGAGAUCCGAGCUCUGUACGAGGCCCUGACGGUAGACGAAUGAAAGGACGCCUGUAAAAACGAGCGGAUCGCUUACGGGAAG